AUGGAAACUUCACCUGGUCAUUCGCUGAAUUUGAGUCAGUGUCUAUGCAUGCAGCAGCUGCCGAAAGCAUCGCUUCACUGUGCGGAGAAACGUCGGGAGGCAGCUCAGUUGCAUCAAGAACUGCAACACCAAUUUGAGCUCCUAAACAGCACCCUUUUACGGCAAAUGGGCCUACACUACUCCAUGCUGCCCACAGGAAUGCUGGGGCUAGAAGGGGGCGAGAUUAGAACUCUCCAGGGAAAGCAGUUACAGGGAUAUUCAACAAUUCAUCAGAAGCACGGUUCUCCAAGCAACGACAUGGAAAAAUCGCAGACCACUAUGUCGUCGCCCCUCCGUCGUGGAGAGCUUCCAUCUGAAGGCUCGACCGAAAAGGCCUUUGACUGGUUGCCGUACUGUGAGGACUCACGACCACCGCGAAAAGGGCCAGAAGGUAUUAUCUGCUCAUCGUACUCAAUGAUAGACGAGCAGAUGGAAGGCCAAAACUGUGCUCUUAGUGGAGGAAGAGACGGCACAGCCUCCGACUUCACGCCCCCGUUGAGUUCUUUGCACUGCCAGCAGCAUCACGAAGGGCACGCCGCCCGUGAAGCAUCGCAAGCAAACAAAGUCAUCCCUUGCAUAACUUCAUUGAAACUCAACAAUUCCGAAGAUGGAUCAUCAACACUGCAAAGCGUGGAUCGCAGCGGCACCGAAUCACAAGCUUGCUUGCAACAGCCUGGAGGUAAGGUGCGCCAAACAUGCUGCCUACGUCAAUUCUGUUUCGUCGCUCGGCAGGCAUGGCCAGCAAAAGCGCCCCCUUUUCUCUCCAUCCACAGUACAGAAAAGAAAAUCCCAAUUGCCCACAUAAUGAAGCCCGGUUCACUAAGUCGCAGACCUGGCGCAUCGAAAGCCACCGACGACCACCACCCAACGCGGCGGUCUCCAACACUUUCCAGCGCAUUAGACGCAGGCACCGCAUACCCUACUAUUUCCCAUGACACAUCCGAGCAUACCAGAGAAGGUCAAUGGAAGCCCGCUACGAUUCAAGUGCAGCCACAGCGUCUGCACCCCUUCAGCGCUCCUUCCCAAAUACAGCAGAAGGUCCCUGGUUCUAGCUACCAGCUGUUCCUGCCAACGCAGGCAGUCACGGCAGAGAGCGAGCCUGUCCACCAGCUACUGCAGCAACAGUGGAUAGGGCAGUGGCAACAAAGGCCACAAGAAUGGAAUUGUGUACAGCAAUUCUCACUGCAACGGGCCAGGAUGCAGCAUAUCCCAACCACACAGCAGUUCAGGCAGCGCAGAAGCUAUGGCUUUUUCUCGUACACUCACCCUAUACUUCCCCAAAAUGCGACAGUGCCGUGGGUCACGGUGGUGACUAUCGCUCCCCACUUGCGGAGUUACUGGGAAGGCACGAAUCGUGCUGAGGAGCUAUUUGUUGGAGGGCGAGGAGCACCUCUCCCAAGCAUGAAACGGCCAGUUACCAGUGUUAACGCAUUACUUUCAGGUUACUCUAAACCACCAUAUACAACGGAAGUUCGUCUGCUUUGA